GACUUUUCCCGCCGAUCCCCGUUGGCGUGUUUGGAUGAUCCAGGUUCUGUAGGAGCGUUCAGAGUGGACUUUUCUCGUCCUCCUUCGACUCUUGGAUGGUUGUCAAAUGUCCGGGUUUCAGGCUCUUUCAGUUUUUCCUGAUGAGGUCCAUCAGCUGUCAGCGAAUAAAGAGGCGGCAUGCCCUGAGCAGCAGGACAGGAGUGAGCAUCUGAAAAUUAAAGAUGAACCUGAGGAACUGUGGAGCAAUCAAGAGAACGAACAAAUUCACAGGCUAGAAGAUGACAUCAUCAAGUUCACUUUUGUUCCUGUCCCUGUGAAGAGUGAAAAUGAUGAAGAGGAACCUCAGUCUUCACAGCAUUAUCAAAACCAAUCCAAAGAGUCAGCCAGGUACUUUGAUCCAGAGAGAGAUUUACAACAACAUUCUGAGGUCAAGACUGAAGACUCUUCUGAUCCAGAGACUGAUGACAGCGCUGAUUGGAGGGAGAUGACAGAACACCAGUCAGGUUUAAAGUCAGAUGAGGAAAGCACAAAACCGGGAGCAAAGAUUCCAAAAAAAUUGUAUAUCUACUCAGAGUGUGGAGAAAGAUUGAAGGGUGAAAUGGGUGUGAUUAGACGCAUGGUUGUUCAUACCACAGAAAAACCCUUCAGCUGCUCUGAGUGUGGUUGGAGAUUUACCCAAAAAGGAAAUUUAACUGAUCACAUGAGAGUUCACACAGGUGAGAAACCAUUUGUUUGCUCUGUUUGUGACAAAAGAUUUAACUGUAACGGGAAUUUGACUUCACACAUGAUAGUUCAUACUGAAGAAAAAGCCUUCCCAUGCACUGAGUGUGGUAAGAAAUUUAACCGUAAAGACAGUAUGACGAGACACAUAAGAUCUCACAAAGGAGUAAAACCUUUUGUCUGCUCUGAGUGUGGUCAGAGAUUUACAUUAAAAGGAGGUUUAAAUGUUCACAUGAGAAUUCACACAGGACAGAAACCAUUUGUCUGCUCUGUUUGUGGCAAAAGAUUUAACUUAAACUGGCAUUUGACUUCACACAUGAUAGUUCAUACAGGAGAAAAACCCUUCCCCUGCACUGAGUGUGGUAAGAGAUUUUCCCGUAGAGACAUUAUGAUGAGACAUCUGAGAUCUCACAAAGGAGUAAAACCUUUUGUCUGCUCUGUGUGUGGUAAACGAUUUAACUGUGAAGGACAUUUGACUUCACACAUGGCAGUUCAUACUGGAGAAAAAGCCUUCGCCUGCACUGAGUGUGGUAAGAAAUUUAACCGUAGAGGAAAUUUAACUGUUCACAUGAGAAUUCACACGGGAGAGAAACCAUUUGCUUGCUCUCUGUGUGGCAAAAGAUUUACCAAUAAAGUAGGUUUGACCGCACACAUGGUAGUUCAUACUGAAGAAAAACCCUUCCCCUGCACUGAGUGUGGUCAGAGAUUUAACCUGAAAGGAAAUUUAACUGUUCACAUGAGAAUUCACGCAGGUGAGAAACCCUUUGUCUGCUCUGUGUGUUGCAAAAGAUUUACCCAACAAGCAAGUUUGACCAGACAUAUGCUAAUUCAUACCAAAGAAAAACCCUUCAGGCGUGUGAUUCUCAUGAAGAUGAAGUAAGCUAUGUCUGUGAUGAUUUUUUGGACAUAAUCAUGAAAAGUGAAAAUAUUUCAAGGGAUACUUCAGCAUUUUGGAAAAUUCGUCCAUUGCCAUCAUUCCUAUAGUCUUAGUAAUAGGUUUGUUUCCUUUAGUUGUCGGUGCACGCUGUUUAUAGAUCUGGGGGGAUUCACCAUGCUAUGAAAUAAUAACGUAUAAUUAUGUAACAUUACGACGCAUGAAGCAAAUACUCAGAAUUAUUUCUUGAGUAAACCACUAGGCGGAGUGACACAGUGCAGCAGCCAUGUC